UAGAACACAAGUGCGACAAACGAGGGUUAACACGAACCAAAAAGCGAGCGUCUAGAUCAAUUUUGUCCUUCGAAGUGAUUGCGUCGAAAAUAUAAGUUGUGUGCUUCCAUUCUGUGGUGUCGAGAAUGUUCCCCGUUUCCGAAAUGCAACGGGAGGAAAGAAAUGCAGCCUUGCGUCUAAUGGCAGAGGGCAAGAUAAAGUUUCUAGAUGGGCAAAGUUCUAAACUUUGCUCUGGAUCUCUUAAUAAAUUAAAAAAAAUGAUGCAUGUUUUUUCAAAUACUCCACGUAUCAAAUCGGACAAUAUUAUUAAGGUAAUUGACUUGCUCACUGACCUAGAAGCGGAAGUGUCUGUAAAAACAGAGUUGCAAGAGGCAGAAAAACAAGCGAAAACCACCCAGCUUAUACCACCUCAGAUAGCGGAACCGUCUGGGAGUAAUUUUGUGAUACGUCCUGAUCAUUCUCAACGAUCGACUACUCCUGUCACUAAUUGUCAGAGUAGCCAUUCAAAACCUUACCCAAAAACACAUACAGUAGACGAUACUAUAACGCAUGAAAUAUUCCAAAUGGCAUCUUCAUACCAGCCGCAACCAAUAGAAAACUCUUUCAUUAAUGAAGAAAGACUGUCGUCAAAAUAUCCUCGCAAGAAAAAAAAUCCAGAAGUCGAAUCAACUGACUCGUCCUCGGUUUUUAAGACUCCGGUAAUUCCUGUGAAAAGAGGUGACGACAAAUUGUUUUUCAGGCGAGCUGAAGUGUUUCCAGCACCGGCUCAAAGUUACAUUGAGCACAGAAUGCGGAAAGCAAAUGAAAUGAAAAGCCCAAACAAUCACCAAAUCGGUGCUGAACUUCAUCGAAAAUCUCCUUUAACCUCACAAAACUGUACAGGGCAAAACGCUCAACCUCUACCGAAGAAUUCCCAUGGAUUUGGAACAUCUACGCAAACAAACACUGGGCCCCGUUCAUCAAAUGAAUACCCAAGUUCAUCAAAUCUAUCGCUGGGAGUAAACCCUAGAUCAACUCCGGCCAUUCCCAUUCCGGAUCAUGGAGUAACAAUGGGAAACAAGUCACCUCAACCCUUAUCCAAACCUAUGCAUCAUUUGAAGCCAUCUGCAGGAAAUAGUAAAGGUAUUAAGGAGUCAACUGGCGUAACUGAAAAUACUUUACCUUCGUCUUCUACGUCGUCUAAGAAUAAAUUAGAUAAAGUCAACCCUAGCAAAAAAGGACAAAACAUACUAAACAGAGAAGUUCAUAGCUUGAUUGUGGGCGAAAUAGAAUUCACAGAGUCAAUGAAUAGAAAAAAGGAAAAUGACAAGCUGCGAAAUAUAUCCAACCGCAUGGAGUCCGAAAAUGGUCGACAAAAAAAUAAAGAGUGGGCGAAGGAUCUAUUGAAGCAGUAUGGAAUGCAUAAUGAAACACGUGUACUUCUAACAAGGCUUGAGGAUGAUAAUGGCAUUGCAUUGCGAACUCGGGCAAAAUCGACGGAAAAUCGUGAAUUUCCUUGUAGCGACUCUUCCAAUGCCAUUAGUCAAAAUAAAAAAUCGCCUUCGUCGAAUGGACGCAUAACUAUGCGAAGAAAAACCAUGGAUUGUCGCGAAACAUUAACAAAUCUUUCGCAAACCAACAAAAUUCACGAGCAAGCCAAAAACAGAAAACCCAAAUUCCGUCGAAAAUCUGUCUGUGCUAAUGCUAAUAGUGUCACGGUAACGCCUGAAAAGACAGUCCAAAACAAUUUGUAUCUGUCCGACAACGAAGAUGAUAAUUAUGAACCUCCAACGAAAAAACAACAUAUAAACAAUCGCAAAUCUAAAUCUAAUCGAGAAACUGCAAAAAAAUCUUCCAAAAAUGUCACAAAAUCCAAACAAAAGGCAAUUCCCAGAGGAAAUGCAGGAGCGAAAACAUCGUCAAGCCCGCAAGAAAAUUCUACAAUCGAUAAGCAGGUUGAUAUUCCAAACGACAAUCCGGACAUACAUUGUCAAAGUAACUUCAUGUCCAGUUGUUCUUUGUGCUGCUAUCGUGGCGCAGAGAUGGUUGAUCAUUAUUUAAGCAAGCACAAACAAAAUGAAGUCUUCGUUAGUCGGAUCUCACCACGCCAGUCAGACGUAAUCAGAAAGUUUCCUAUUCCAUUCCAUGCUAGUGAAAAAAAUGUAUCGAAAAAUGGAUCAGAUCGAUUAAAACGUUUUUGCUGUUUCUGUGAGAAAAAUUGUGUUCUUACUAACAAAGAAUGGAUUGCACACAUAGCUCAACACACAGGAGAAUAUGAGUUUGACCAGAAGGUUAAAACAGCGAAGAAGCCAUUCGGUGAAAUUAAGUUUCAAAAUAAUAAUAUUUUGUGCUAUAUCUGCGAUCGAUGUAAUUAUGUCCAAACUCGCUUAUCGGCUAUGGAAAAUCACUUGGAGAAGCAGCAUUUCUCCCUGGAGGACGGUCCUGCAAAAACAACGGAGUGCAUACGUUUUGCUGUGUGUCGUGCUAAAGUCGAGAGUGGCUCAGUAGAGAACAAAAUCGAUUUAAAACUAAAGCCGGAGCCCGUGUUUGGUUGCGAAGUGAUCAACAAUCCUAUCGACAAAGACGAAGAAUCGAUUAUAUCUGAUGGGAUGGAUCAUGACAUUUUGCAUGAAUUAGAAAAAUUGCAUGGUUAUGAACCGUUGCUUGAUUCUAUAGUUAAAGAAGAAAUUGAUCUGAAUUCCGAAACAGAAUGUAUUCAACAAUGUGGCAAACCAGCCAACGAGCGAACUAGAGAGAGAUCUUCAACUGAAUUGACUGCAGUCAGGGACGACCCAAUGGACUAUGAUUCGGAUGACAGUUUAAACACUAUACCAAUGGAUGAUCCAGAAUAUCAGCAUUCUAUGGGUGGUAUAAAAGAAGAAGAGUUUGCAGAAGAAUUUCAAAAGUCUGGGCGUAAUAAUCCAUCCGAAUGCGAUAAAAAUAUUGAUCAAACUCAAGAUGUCAAUGUUGUGCCUUCACUAAAUGAGUCACUUACCACUGAAAAUGGGAAUGGUACUCGCCAAAAUGAACAAAAUAUCAUUAACUUAAGCUGCGUGAAAGCAGAGCUACAGGAAGCUGAAUGUGCUGCUAAAUCAACAACAUGCACUGUCGUACAGUCGAACAAUGGCGAACCACAUGAAUCGACAAAAAUCCAAGAAAAUCGACCUAACGCUACCAUCGGGGAUGGGAACGUUGAUGCAAUGGCGGAGCAAUCCGCUACAAACUCGAACCCAUUCGAAAUAGUAGGGAAUAAGGAGCAGUUGCAGUAUUUGUGUUUCUAUUCAACAAACUGCAAGUUUGUGGGUUCAAAUGCUGUUUCAUUAGAGAAACAUGUUCAAACUAAACACUCGGUUGAGAGAUGGAGUGGGUACUGUCAUACUUGUAAAGAUCAUAUAGAAAACCAAAGCGGGCUCACGAAACAAUUUGCCAUUCAUCAUUUAAAACAUUUUCUUUCGAAGCACUCAGACCCACUACCAGCCAGCAACAUACAAAAACCGUUAAAAAUUCGACUACGAAGAUUAUCUGGAGAUAAACUAUCUGUUAUUAAUAACUAGUUUCGUGCUUGGAGGAGCGCUGGAAAUCAUGACCAUACGAAGAAAAUGUAAGAUGUUGUUAAUUACCGUUUGAAGAACGGCACGUUCUCAGAGAGAUUCGCGUGUUGCCAAGAAAGUAUUUUUUUUAUACAAUAAAUUUGACAAAGCA